GACCCCCUUCCCUCUCUCUCACACAUCCACAGGCUUUAUUAUUACACGCAGUCAAAAUGCAGGCUCAACCAUUAAUGUAAUAAUGUAGUUGUUAUGUAUCUGAUUCUAGCUAAAAUAGAUAGAUAAUUUGUAGAACUAUCUCAGGGUAAAUAGGGCACACUGUCAUAGCUUCACCAAACAGCUGCAAGCUAACAGUAGCUUUACCGUAGGCUACAGUGCAGUGCAGCCGGCUCACUCACGCAGCUAUCUAACGGUACAGCUGUUGACAGACGGCAACGUUACCGGACAAGAGGAACAAAUGAACGAGCUGGUGAAGAGUUUGCCCUCCCCGACUCUCCCGGGGCUCCAACUGCCGUGUUUGAAUACCGGUAGUUACAAAGGCUGGCUCUUUAAAUGGACCAACUACCUUAAAGGUUACCAGCGGCGGUGGUUCGUCCUCAGUAACGGCCUGCUGUCCUACUACAGGACUCAGGCAGAGAUGGCACACACCUGCCGAGGCACCAUUCCCUUGGCUACAGCAUACAUCGAGGUGGGUGACACCUGCCACUUGGUGUUAACUAGUGGAGGCAGAAGCUACCACCUGAAGGCCACCUCUGAGGGAGAGUGUCAGCGAUGGGUCUCAGCCCUGCAGCAAGCUAAGGCCAAUUCCACUCUUAUGAUGCAUCAUUCAGAUGAUUCAGGAGAUGAAGGCCCUUUGCCUCAGGAGGACCGAGUCCUAACCCAAGGGGUGCUCAAGACUCUGGCCAGCAAGCUAGAUGACCUGAGCACCUGUAAUGAGCUGAUAGGAAAGCACGGCGCCGCCCUCCAGCGCUCCCUCAGCGAACUUGAGGAACUGCGUGGCUCCGCUGACAGCACAGACAGAGUGAAAUCUGUUAAUGAGCGAGCCACCCUUUUCCGCAUCACCUCCAAUGCUAUGAUCAAUGUUUGUCGUGACUUUCUGGACGUGGCAGAAUCCCAAAGCCGGAGGUGGCAAAAGACCCUGCAGUAUGAGAGAGAGCAGCGUCACCAUCUGGAGGAGACCAUCGAACAGUUAGCCAAACAGCACAACAGCUUAGAGAGAGCCUGGAAGGAGAAUCCCACCUCAUAUACAGGUGUGGAGCGGUCUCAGGAGGGGGACGCGAGUGACGAGAAUGAAGAGGCAGAGUUCUUCGAUGCCAUGGAGGACUCCCCUGCAUUCAUAACUGUGACUGCUAGUGGCAACAUACAGCACAAGCGCUCAGGAAGUAAUCAGAGUAUGAUGAGCGGAAGAAUGUCCAAUGACUGGACUCACAAUGAGAAUGACAGCUCAGGCACCAACCACAUGCAGCUACGAAGAACAAGACGCAGUCGCAUUCCUGACAAACCCAAUUAUUCCCUUAACCUGUGGAGCAUCAUGAAGAACUGUAUUGGCAAAGACCUGUCCAAGAUACCCAUGCCUGUAAACUUCAACGAGCCGUUGUCGAUGCUGCAGCGUCUGACGGAGGAUCUGGAGUACAGCGAGCUUCUAGACCGGGCAGCUCGCUGUGACUCCACUCUGGAGCAAAUGUGCCUGGUGGCGGCCUUUUCUGUCUCCUCCUACUCCACCACAGUCCAUCGUACAGCCAAGCCCUUUAACCCUCUGUUGGGCGAGACUUACGAGCUGGACCGACUGGAGGAGUAUGGUUAUCGCUCCAUCUCUGAGCAGGUCAGUCAUCACCCACCAGCUGCUGCCCACCAUGUGACGUCACAGCGAGGAUGGACCCUAUGGCAGCACAUCACUAUUGAUAGCAAGUUUCGUGGGAAAUAUAUUUCUGUCAUGCCAUUAGGAAACAUUCACCUGCAGUUCCACUCAAGUGGAAACCACUACGUGUGGAGCAAAGUGACUUCAACGGUGCACAACAUUAUUGUGGGGAAACUUUGGAUUGAUCAGUCUGGGGACAUUGACAUUGUCAACAACAAUACCAAGGACACCUGCCGUCUCAAAUUCUCCCCCUACAGCUACUUCUCCAGAGAAGUCCCACGUAAAGUGACAGGAGUGAUAGAGGACAGAGAGGGCACAGCCCGUUACAUCCUGUCAGGAACCUGGGACGACAAGAUGGAGAGUGCCAAAAUAGUGGACAGCAGCCAAGGAUGCGGAGGCUCUGAAGGCAAACAAAAGACAGUUUAUCAGACCCUUCAGCCCAAACUGUUGUGGAAAAAAUAUCCUCUCCCAGAUAAUGCAGAGAACAUGCACUUUUUCUCCUCCUUGGCUCUGACUCUCAAUGAGCCAGAAGAGGGUAUUGCGCCCACUGACAGUCGUCUGCGGCCAGACCAGCGACUAAUGGAGGCAGGUGUGUGGGAUGAAGCAAACACCCAAAAGCAGCGUCUGGAGGAGUGUCAGAGGCUGGAGAGGAAAAGAAGGGAGGCGCAAGCCAAUCAGGCCCUGGAGGAAGGGCAAGACAUCGAAGGUUACCAGCCACUGUGGUUUGAGAAGAGGACAGACGAUACAACGGGAGAAAGCACCUACAUCUACAGGGGCGGCUACUGGGAGGCCAAAGACAGACAGGACUGGAGCCAAUGCCCUGAGAUCUUCUAGGACAAAAGUUGCCCUUACACUGUGGCAUCAGACAGGCUGAGUGGUUUUUCCUGAUCUAAGGAUACUCCGUAAGUUAUGGACAGUUGUGUGUGUGUGUAAGAGAGUGAGUGAGCCAGCUGUAUAAAGUGGCUGUCACUCCCAGAUUUUCAAGCACAAAACAAGCUCCUACUUCCACUUACUAAUCUACUCUUCUGCUCUAUAACUUUUGUUUUCAGAAUGCAUGGCCUCAUUUUGUGUAUUGUGUAUACGCCUAUUCAGCACCAUAAAGAACUGAUUUAUGAGAGUACAUAGAGUUCUAAUGUGUGUGUGUAUGUGUGUGUGUGUGUGUGUGUGUGUGUGUGUGUGUGUGUGUGUGUGUGUGUGGGGCUGAAAGAUAGACAUACGCUUUACAGAGGAAGGAUUUCUGCACCAACGUACGUACGACAUACACGUUUCAAUGGGUGUGUAUGAGGGAUAACUUGGGGGCAGGGAGGAGGGCCGCGGAAGUUCUGGUACGAGCGCUAAAUGUCUUGUUCUCCUCGGAGCUGGAACAACAUGUUCCUCAUGCUGGGCUCUGACAGAGACACCAGGCUUUUAAAGGACUGUAGCAGGACUAUGCAUUCUUCUGCGCUUAAAGGCUUUUUCACAGCAAAACUUUAUUUAUUGAACCCCAUUGAUUCUUGGGAAUUUUUACUAUUGCUAAACUGUAUUUGAAGGAUUAACAGUUAUUGUCCAGUCUGACUGGCCUCUAACGAGCAGCUACCGGGCCCUGAAAACCAAGGUAGAUGACAUUCUCUUUGAAAGGACAACUGACUGAAUUUGUCAUGCUGUUUUAUGGACAACCACUGCUUUCCACAUGAUCUUGAAAUUAUAUUUCUGUUUGCAUUAAAGGGGCACUCCACCAUUUCCUCAUAUGAAGAUUACUACACAUCCUGUGAAAACAGUUGUAUAACGUUUUCACAGGCUCUGGAAGAGCUUUGUCAAGUCAGAGAAACUGACUAAAGCGACGUCACUUGAGUAAUCUCGGCUUGGACUUGUACAAAUUUGUAACAAGCAGUUUGAAAAAUCUACCAAGCUGCUAAGUUCUAACUAAAGACACCAUUGAGUUGCAGUAUGGGAAAUGUAGGACUCAAAGUCAGGAUAUCUCGACCACAUAUAUUUUGACCACUCCCUUUUGAAAUUUGUCUCUCACAAAUCCCCAAACUUAUUGGAAUUGCAACAGUAAAUUACUGGAGUAUCAAUUUGAAUAUCUUAAGACUGAAGUACAAAUCUGUUGGGGGAUUUUCUUCCGCAAGGAAUUAUAUUGGUGCUUAAUGGUUAUUUUAGCCUUAGUUAUGUAAUGAAGUAGUAAGCCACUAGUAACCAGUGCAUCCAAACUCUGUGAGACUCUCUGAGAUUCUGUACAGAUUAUAGAAGACCGGCAGGCUAUUUUUUCUUUUUGAAGGUAUUUACAUGUGUACUUCAGGGUGAAUCUUUUUUGGUGAAUUUUACUCAAAUAUCAGGGUUUAUCAUCUUGGUAAGUAGCAACAAACUUGUUUCCCAUAGUAAAAACAUUAGAAAUGGCUAGCUCUAUGAGUGGUUUCUAUCCUAAAAUUGCUUUAUUUGGACAUGUCAGCCAUAACACAACUAGUCAAAUACUCCCAGGUCAGAGACGUGUUUAAGCAGCACAAAAAGGAUGUUUUGGUAACAGUAUUCCAUUAGCUUAUAAUUAUAAUUAUGUAAAUAAAUCAGAUUCAUACAGUUUAUUAUUUAUUAGUCAAGGACCAGAUAACAAUUAAAGAAGACUUAGCAAUCCAUAUGCUGAGUUUUUUUGUGUGUCCAAUAUUAACUUAUUUAUUUAUGGUUUUCAGCUUACUGUGUUUUAUAAAGGGGCAUGAUGCACAUGUAUAAUUGCCUGGUUGCUUUUGGCUUGUAUAUAGCAAGAAUAGAAUAGAAAUAGAAUUGCCUCAUUUAUAAUCACUGUAAGAAAAUACUGUUUCACAUUACUUGAACAUUCACAUUUUGGGCACUUAAACUCUAUCUGUGUAUACGUAAUCUUAAAUGGAGUCAAGAUUAUAUACCAGUGAAUAAGAUGUUGGGGAAAUUAAAUUAUGAACAAAAGUUCAUAAGAUAUACAAUAUUGAUGAUGCAAGUAAGGUGUUGUUCAAAUAAAGCACAAUGUUAUGUUUUCCUGCAGGUGAUACAUGCUACAUAAUCACAAAGGUUUCCAUGGCAACAUAUAGCUAUGCAUGGUUUAAUAGUGCUGUAGAGGAAAGCCUCUUCACCUAGCUAAUAGUUUGUGGACUCUUACUGAAACAUGAUGUGAACUCACCUUUUGUGCCCAAUGACCUCGAAAAUUAUGUAUUUUUGAGCAAUCAAAUAAAAACAUAAAGCUGUCA